CCGGCUUUUCCUGCCCUCCGCUAGUCCCGCGAGAGGAGCGAUGGCCAAUGGGAGAGCGGGGAUAAGCUGAGGCGGACGGAGGAAGGCCUGUUGUUACCGCUGCGCCUACGAUGAAGGAGGAUAAGGAGAACGCCAGGCCCAAAGAGAAGCGAGGCGGGCCCCUCACCCCAACUGGGCUGGGCGCGGCCAUGGCCGGGUUGGACGCCAAAGCGGGGGGCGAGCCUGACAGGCUCGAGCGGCCUAAGGACAAAAAGGAGACGCUCAGCAAGGUAGUGAUUCGACGCCUGCCCCCCAGCUUGACAAAAGAACAGCUUGAAGAACAUCUCCAGCCUUUGCCUGAACAUGACUACUUUGAAUUCUUUGCUAAUGAUUCUAGUUUGUACCCUCACAUGUUUUCCAGAGCAUACAUCAACUUUAAAAACCAAGAAGACAUAGUUCUGUUCAGGGAUCGCUUUGAUGGUUAUGUUUUUGUUGAUCACAAAGGUCUAGAAUAUUCUGCCAUAGUGGAAUUUGCACCAUUUCAAAAAUCUGCCAAAAAGAAGAAUAAGAAAAAGGAUGCCAAAGCUGGGACCAUUGAAGAUGAUCCAGAGUAUAAGAAGUUUUUGGAAAGCUACAGUGCUGAUGAUGAGAAAUUAACAUCCACUCCUGAGACGUUACUAGAGGAAAUAGAGGCAAGGAACAAAGAAUUAAUCGCAAAAAAGACAACUCCUCUGUUGAACUUCUUGAAGAACAAACAGAGGAUUAGAGAAGAAAAACGAGAAGAGAGGAGGAGACGAGAACUAGAGAGGAAAAGACAAAGGGAAGAAGAAAGGAGAAAAUGGAAGGAGGAAGAAAGAAGGAAGAGAAAAGAAGCUGAAAAAACAAAGAAAGUGGAGAGGUGUCCAGAGAAAGAAAGGGACAAAUCAAAGGAUGAACCAAAGAUUAAGCUACUUAAGAAGCCAGAAAAAGAUGAAAGAGACUUUGAAAAAAAGGAAAAAGCCAAGAAAAUGGAAAAAGAAAGUCUGAGGGAGGAAAAGGCUGUCAGUGCACCAGCCAAGCGCUCUGAUGGGGAAACUAAAGAGGAGAAGCCCAAAAAAUUUGAAGAUGACUGUGGAAAAGACUACAGGGAAAGAGAGUAUGACCGAGACAGAGAGUACAAAUUUCGACGUCAAGACGAAGAGCGGCGGAGGCAGAAAGAGCGCUUUGACAAAGAGAAGGUUUUCAGGAGGAAAGACGAAGAUGCAAAAAAGGAGAGAGAUCUGUUCCGAGAGAAAGGAAAGAGAGCUGAGUUGGCAGACUACAUGGGAAAUGCAGACAAACCUGAGAAAGGAACCAAAGAAGACAAAAAAGAUGAAAUGGCGAAGAGGGAUCGCAUUCGAAACAAGGAUCGCCCAGCCAUGCAACUCUACCAGCCAGGGGCACGGAGUCGAAGUCGUUUGUCCGCGUAUGAUGAAAGCUCUCCAAAGUCACCUGAUCAAGGAGCAGAUAAAAAGCAGGAAUGUGAAACCAGUAACAGAAAAGAGGAGGAGUGAUGAGCCUUGUGUGUCCACACCGACGUAGCAGCCAAAGAGCAUGAACUGCGCAGUCCAGAAGUGCCUUGGAGAAGAAGGAAGAGGAGGAAGAAGAAGGGGAGCAGUACUUUUGGAUGUAUCUGGUUUCAGAGCCUCAAUGCAGAGCCAAGACGCAAGCGUGUAUUUUUGUCAUGCGUUUUACGUUGGAGGGGGUGGUGGCAGCACACUGCAAGGGGAGGAAGACUUCCCGGUUCUGGGAAACGUACAAAGGCUUUGUCACCGUAAAAUAAGUCAAGUGGCUACGUAGCCCGAAAUGAGUGCUAUUUCCUAUGAAAGCCACGAACCAGUAUUUGCACUUAAAAUACAGCCAUGUCAGAGCCUCGUGAUUGCUCAAGUAUUAGCGUCUUUAGCAUUGUGCUGUGCGGUCCUGUGGCCUUGUGACAGGAGGGGGAAAGCCCGACAUAUUUUUAGCACUGGGAAAGUCCUUUUGUCUGCUGUGCUGCUUUAGCUGAUAGCGAAAUUAAUUUUGAGACGGUGGAGAGGGACGUAGGUCUUUUCUUCUUUCACUGAAGAUUUGGAUAGCCUGAAUAGCUGAGCUUAGGCUAUGGGAAAAUAUUUUUUUUAUUUACACAUCUCAUGUAAUAUACUGGUACAAUUUUUAUUUUAAAAGUAGCUGUUUAUGUUCUUCCUUCUCCCAGCUUUUCUCUUACUUUUUUCCUAGUGCCCUAUCAGGAAAAUGUUAUAUUUCAGUUGUGCAUUUUCUUCCCUGAUGCACUAGAGCAUCUGGCAGUGCAGAAAGAAAUUGUACUAAGAGUUGUGGCUCCUCCUUAUGCUAACACAACACAGCUAUUUUAUAUGUAAUAAAACUCUGUGAGAUACAAUUUAAAACUGCUUGUUUGUAUGUGGGAAAGCUGGUGAGCUGAGCUUCACUGAAUGUUAAUCAUGUCCAUGGUCACCGAGGGCAGGUGUGUGCUUGGCCUAUUUCCCAAAACUGGUAGUGCAUCCAAAUCCAUGGGUUGAGUUCAGUGGUGGCAUUUUGCUGAUGGAAGCAGUUGCAUCAGCAGAAUUGGUGCUUCCCACUCCCCUGUGCCCCCUCAAAACAGGGUUGGGAAAUCCUCCUGAGCAGACUUUUAGUUGGCAAGGAGUACUGCAGAGGAAGGAGAGAGGAGGAAAGUCCUGUUACGCCGACAAGCCGUUGGCUGUGAUCAAGUGCAUUAUUCGAGUAUCUUAUUUGCAUUGCAUUCCACCUCCCCAGCGCACCAAAGAUCAAUGUUAUAGCCCUAUGUCUUUCUGUAUUACAUACGAAAGUGCAACAUAAAUGUCGUUAAAUAAAUAAAACUGAAAGCUGCCUUA